UAUUUAUGGAGCAGAAUGAUCUAGGUUGAGAAAAAAACUGCCUGUGUGAAGUCCCAUGGCCAGAGAGAGUGGGGCUGAGCCCUGGAAAGGACUCAGGGACUGAAGAAGCCAGCAGGGAUCUGAUCACGAAGGGGCUCCAGUGCUGAGUGGGAGAGCUGGGCUGUCAGCCGAAGGGUCGUGGCAAGAGGGGAGCGCAGAAGGGAUGGAAUGGAGUUUUCCUCUGGACAGGAUGCUCUGGCAGGUCAGGAUGCAGGCCAAGGCUCUGGAGGGGCCACCCAGGGGACCGCGUGGGGCUGGAAUCGGAGAGCCCGAGAGAGCCCUGGCCAGGUGUCGGAGCUGGACAGGACUCAGCUGAGCCAGGACCUGGGUGGGGGCACCCUGGCCAUUGACAAACUGCCGGAUAACGGGACCAGGGUGGUGGAGGACAACCACAGCUACUAUGUGUCCCGUCUGUAUGGUCCCAGCGAGCCCCGCAGCCAGGAGCUAUGGGUGGACGUGGCCAAGGCCAACCAGAGCCAAGUGAAAGUUCACAGAAUCCUCUCCAACACCCACCGGCAGGCUUCGAGAGUGGUCUUGUCCUUUGAUUUCCCUUUCUACGGGCAUCCUCUGCGGCAGAUCACCAUAGCAACCGGAGGCUUCAUCUUCAUGGGUGAUGUGGUCCAUCGGAUGCUCACAGCUACUCAGUACGUGGCCCCUCUGAUGGCCAACUUCAACCCUGGCUACUCUGACAACUCCACAGUUGCUUAUUUCGACAAUGGGACAGUCUUUGUUGUUCAGUGGGACCACGUCUACCUCCAGGGUCGGGAGGACAGGGGCAGCUUCACCUUCCAGGCGGCUCUGCACCAAGACGGCCGCAUUGUCUUCGGCUACAAAGAGAUCCCUAUACCCGUCCUGGAAAUCAGCUCGUCCCAGCACCCUGUCAAAGCAGGCCUGUCAGAUGCCUUCAUGAUUCUCAAUCCAUCCCCAGAUGUACCAGAAUCUCGGAGAAGGACCAUCUUCGAAUACCACCGUGUGGAGCUGGACCCCAGCAAGGUCACCAGCACAUCUGCCGUGGAGUUCACCCCGUUGCCAACCUGCCUACAGCAUCGGAGCUGCGACGCCUGCAUGUCCUCAGACCUGACCUUCAACUGCAGCUGGUGCCACGUCCUGCAGAGAUGUUCCAGUGGCUUUGACCGCUACCGCCAGGAGUGGCUGGCCUACGGCUGUGCCCAGGAGGCAGAAGGCAGAACGUGUGAGGACUUCCAGGACGAGGACUCCUACUCGUCCUCCCCUGACAGCUCCUUCAGCCCCUUUGACGGAGACUUCACCACCACCUCCUCCUCCCUCUUCGUUGACAGCCUCACCACGGAAGAUGACACCAAGGUGAAUCCCUACGCAGGAGGAGAUGGCCUUCAGAACAACCUGGCCCCCAAGACGACGGGGUCCCCUGUGCACCUGGGCACCAUCGUGGGCAUUGUGCUGGCCGUCCUCCUGGUGGCUUCCAUCAUCCUGGCUGGGAUCUACAUCAAUGGCCACCCCACCUCCAACGCUGCCCUCUUCUUCAUCGAGCGGAGACCUCACCACUGGCCGGCCAUGAAGUUCCGCAACCACCCCAGCCACUCCACCUACACAGAGGUUGAGCCCUCAGGGCAUGAGAAGGAGGGCUUCGUGGAGGCGGAGCAGUGCUGAGAGCGCCAGGUCUCCCUUGGAAGGGUACAAAGGAAGACCCAGGGACCUCAAAACACACGAGUCAAAGCAAAGCAGAGAAAUGACUUUUCCUGGCCUCUGAACACACCCUGGCUGGGAAAACGAGCCCGUGGUCUGCGGUGCCAGCACUACAGUUUGGCCAUCACACCCCAGAUAUUGAAGCAGGGGCAGAAAAGCCACAAUUACCAGUAGCAACCACCAGUGCCAGGGGUCUCCCCUUCUGAGUCUCUCAGUGGUCUACUCUGGAGCUGCCUCAGAGGUCCCUUCCCACCUGGAGAUGGACAGAUGCCCUGCUCCCAUCACCUAAUGCCCCUGUGUAUGACAAAGAGAACCAAGCUCUCGAUUGUGGCCGCCACAUUCCAGGGUCCAUAGACUCAAGAGCGGGUCCUCAUGGCUAUGGAUUCAGCGUAUUUUGCCCCAGUUUCUGUGGUCUAGAAGUCUGGAGAAGGAGUUCUCACCAAAUGUCACACACAGGUACGGCUGCUCCCAGCGCUUUUGGCAAGAUGCUGAUUGGCAUGCUGGCAUCCGAAGCAAGCCAAAGGAGAGGAGAGAGAACUUGCGGGCAGAUUGCAUUUUUAGGCUUCGCUCCCCCAACUUGCCCUAUCUGCUGAGAAUCAGUUAGUUUCUGCAUUGAACAUGUGUGUGGCCCAUGUCACGGGCUUUAUCCAAUGGCAGCCCAGCCCACCAGGUGAGCCGUGCUGUGCACGGCCACAUCUACCAGGUGGGCUCUUCAUUCCAGCGGCACGGUUGGGUGUCCAUUGUCUUCACUGGCCUGGUCUUCCAUCAGUGCCAGUCAGUACCUCCAAAGGCAGGGCCUGCCUGAUCAAUACUUUGCCUCCUCUGAGCUGGAAUUGUAUAGCCAUUAAAGAGAAAUAAGGUGGGGAGAAGCUUCUUGAAACAUACCCAACAGGGAACUUCAGUUGGAUUCUGUUGAAAAGCAAAACCUCUAGAACAACUGGGACAGAGGAAGCUGGUGCAGGAAGGAAGGACUUUAUAUCUGCCAGAAAUUCUUGGGGCAGAGAGUUUAGACUCCCAAACCCAAUCUGGUUUUGAGUUCUGUCCCAGAGAUGAGUUGGUGUUGCUUCUCAGAAGCAUUUCAAAUGAAAACCUAUAGUUCACCCUCAUUCAAAGUAAAAAAAAAAAAAAAAAAAAAUCAGCAGCAAAUAAACAGUAAAUCACAGUC